GACCAGACGUCACCCUGAAGUGGUGGCGAAGAAAGUCAGUCUGCCUCUUAAAACCUCAUAUUCAGAAGAACCGGUUUGCAGCCACUUGCAAGAUUCCCAACAGGCACAUUCUUCGCUUGGCUGCAUGCCCAUCAUGGAGGAAGGAAGGGGGAUUCUUAAAGAGGGCUUUCUAGUUAAAAAGGGUCACGUUGUCCCUAAUUGGAAAACAAGGUGGUUUGUUCUUCUCCAGGACAGGCUGCUGUAUUAUAAAGUGGUGGGAGGAAAGCAGGAGCCUUCUCCAAGGGGCAGGAUUUUUCUGGACGGCUGUACAAUUACUUGCCCAUGUUUGGAAUAUGAGAACAGGCCGUUAGUUAUUAAGCUAAAGACAAAAACCAACACAGACUAUUUCCUUGACUGUUGCUCUCGAGAAGAGCGUGACAUUUGGGCGUUGGAUAUAACUGGUGCUAUUCAUGCUGGCAAUCCAGUGCAAGUUCAGCAACUUCAUCUCAUGAGAAACUCCUUCAAACUUCCUGCAAAUAUCAGCCUGAAUCAUAUUGUAGACAAAAUGUAUGACAGCAGCAGUGGAAUCAAGAUAACACCCAACACAGGACAAGGCAGCUUGUAUAAAGAAAGCUUUACAGGCUCCAUACUGGUAGAUUGGUUGAUUUCCAAUAGUUUUUCAGCUUCCCGGCUUGAAGCAGUCACACUGGCCUCUGUGCUGAUGGAUGAAAAUUUCAUUAAACCUGUGGGACUCCGCAGCACUGAAGCCAUGAGGAAUGGAGAUUUGGCUGAGCAAUUUUUAGAUGACUCUACUGCCUUAUAUACAUUUGCUGAAAGCUAUAAGAAAAAAGUUUAUACUAAAGAACAGCUUAAUAUUAACAUACUUGAACUGAGUGGCACAAUUCUGAAGCAAGGCUUUUUGAUAAAACAGGGGCACAAGAGGAAGAACUGGAAAGUGAGGCGCUUUGUCCUGAGGUCUGAUCCCGCUUUCCUACACUAUUAUGACCCCACAAAGGAAGAUAACAAACCAGUUGGGGGAUUUUCUCUCCGUGGUUGCCUUGUCUCAGCACUGGAAGACAAUGGGGUCCCAACAGGAGUGAAAGGAAAUGUGCAGGGCAACCUCUUCAAAAUCAUCACAAAGAAUGACAUUCACUACUACAUACAGGCUAGUUCCAAGACUGAAAGAGCUCACUGGAUUGAGGCAAUCAAGCCACUAACAUAGGAGAUGUACCAAAGUGCCUUUAUGGGACAGUGGCAAAAUUCAUACCGUAUCUGGUACACAUAAAGGGGUUGCUUUUUCAGAUUGCUGGCUGAGUUGUUUUAGCCCAGCAUGAAGUUAGCACCUGGCAGAUCUACUGUAUUUAGGCUUUUUCUUUGAAGCAGGGAAGCAUAUUAUAACACAUCCACUGACAAUUUGUGUUUUUUUUAAAUGUGGCCCGAUGAUGACAUGUUGAUUCUCUGGCACCAUUCUGCAGUUCAGAAUAUGCUAUCUGGUACCUUCAUCUGAAAUAGAAGUAAAAUGGCCGAUGUGGAAAAACUAACAAAUCCAACAUCCUGGAACCAAAUCUGGCCAUUUCAAUAUGCUUUUGUGCAAAUCCCUUAAAUAAGGAUCUACGUACUGUAAGUCUUUAGAUGAUUCUAUACAGAAGGGCCCCUUCCCUCCUAUUUAACUAGUGGGAAGCUUCAGAGAUUCCAGCAUUAUUCAUGAAAGUGCUGGAGACCAAGAAUGUUGCUGUGAUAUAAGGCUUAGUAUUUACAUAUUGAAGACAAGGGGGAAUUCACUGUAUUAAUAUCACCAUGGAUUUCUAAUUCAGAGUGCCCUAGAUUUCCUGAGAGAACAAAGUUUGCUUCUUGCUUCCUUUUCAUAUCCAGUCCCAGCGUGACUUUAGAUCAAUUACAUUGUCAGUCUAACUUGCCUUACAGGAUUCCUGUAAUGAUAAAAGGAGAGAUGAACUGAACAGCCAUGUACGGUAGUGCUACACUGAGUGCUUUGGAGAAGGGAGGUCUCUAUGUAAUAUACUUUGAUGGCAAUAUGAGAAGUCACAUGUGCUGAACAUACAAUGUAGCCCACUGGCUGCUGUUCCCAUAGCGGUGGAAGUGGAAGAGGAAAAAAUGUCUUAACAUAUAAUGUGUAUUUAUAAUCUGAGCAUAAGGCACACAAAGUAUUUAGAAUUGGUGUUAGAAAGAUCACUUAUAUUUUUACCAUCAUAGCACUGUGAUGGUGGGUUCCAGAUGUUGCGAUGUUUGAUUCCCCCCAUUCCAAUUCCUUUAACUGUAUAUGAUCUUGUGUGAUGUAAAUGUUGGGUGGUCGUCUAGAUGUUCAUACUUUUGUUAAAAAAAUAAACCGGUUUUCUA